UUUCCUCUUUUUUACAAUCAGGAAGAAACAUCUUUAUCUUAUUAGCUUUACUUAACUUUAAUAUACUUUUAUAAGGUUAUCUGAAGGGUUUCAUUAUACGGAUUCCCAAACGACUGAAUGCCUAAAUCUGAGUCAACUUUUUAAGUUAAGUGGGACUUUUCGUCUAACAGUAACAAAUGUAUUAGUGUGUGCAUCUAUCUUAGUGGUUUGUGCUGCGGCCACUUCCUGUGUUAAAGGAGUGCUCAACUCAAAGACAGACAGUGUCCCUAACCAUAGGUUCAGUUCAGUUUGUCAAGAUGGCUGCAGAUACUGUCGCUGCGCCACGUUUGAGGUUGAAUGUGAGAUAUAACAGAAACGUUGAAGAGAACAGCGGAGAGGAAGAGGAGAAUCAGGUGGAGAUCUUAGAGGAUGAAGAGCAUUACGCUGAACUCGGGCCACAAAGAGCCAGACCACGCAAUCCUGCAGCCGGCAACAGAAGGUGCUUCAGAGCUACUGCAGUGACUCUGGGAGGGUUUUAUCUUCUGCUAUUGGCUGGACUCUUCAUUCACUUCACUUUGAUGCAGACCAGAUACGACCAACUGAGCAGCAACUACAGCCAGAUCCAGAGGAAAGUUUCUGACGUAUCCGUCAAAAUCAGUCAGUUACAGAGCAGCUGCGAAACACUGAGUGUAAAUCACAGUCAGUUACAGGAUGAAGUAAAGCAGCUGGAGACCAGAAUUAAAGUCACUUUGCUGCAGACCAGAUACGACCAACUGAGCAGCAACUACAGCCAGAUCCAGAGGAAAGUUUCUGACAUAUCUGUCGAAAACAGUCAGUUACAGGAUGAAAUAAAGCAGCUGAAGUGCAGAAUUAAAGAGAAGCAGUGUCCUGACAGAUGGAAGAGUUUUGGAUGCAGUUGUUACUUUAAAUCUGAGCAGACGGACUAUUGGUAUGGACGUAGAGCUGACUGUCAGAUGAGUGGAGCAGAUCUGGUCAUCAUAAACAAUGAAGAGGAACAGAAGUUUGUCACUGAGCUGAGUAAGGAUGGAGAGUACUGGAUUGGUCUAUUGGGACAGAGCCAAGAAGGAGAAUACAAAUGGAAAUGGGUCGACGGAUCACCGCUGACAGAAACGUUCUGGGCAUCAGGACUGCCUCGCGGAGACGGUAACUAUAAAGCUGCAACAUGCUGCGAUCAACAAGGAAAAUGGACACAAAGAACUUAUGGUGAUAAUAAGAAGUGGAUCUGUGAGAAAGAUAUUAUCUGAACUCUGUGAUGACAGAGGGGUGUGUAGUGUUGGGAUCAACUUUGUCAAAUCAGACUAAUUUACAUUUUGCUCAGUAGAUUAUUCUGUGUUGCUAAAUAACCUGGAUUACAUAGAUAUCGUUCCUCUGCCCUUCAUAGUGCACAAUCUGGUUAGAAGUCCUGAGCACUUCCUCUGUAGUCCUACAGGAUUAUAAUAGUAAAAGCUAAUAAAAACAUGGAAUUGCAGGUUGUCAGCUUUUAGAACAUUUUACACACCACCCAAAAUAAAACCCCUCCCUACCUCCAUCUCCCCUCCCUAACUCAUCUCUACAACCUAUCAAAUCAAAUCAUUAUUCAUGUCUAACGCUGCAGCUGGUAUUCUUGUAUUGUAUCUUAUUCCAUUGUAGCCUGUUCUUAUUUUUUUAUCUCUUUCAUGAAAGUUUUUAACUUCUCUUUAAUGUUUUAUGUAAAGCGUUUUGA